GGCGAUGGCGAGGGCGGGCAGCUCCUCAGGCGAGGAGGCUCCACAAGAUGGCGAUCGAGAGCUCCCGCGCUCUCCUCAAGAUGGUGGCGGGCGGCUCGGCGCGGCGGGCGGUCACGGUGGGCCGGAGCCACACGGAGACCCAUGGCCCGGCUCUCCCACGGCGGCAGCGGCCUCGUGGGCGCUGUGUGAAGGGGUCCCUGGAGGACAGGCCCUUGGCAAUCGCCUCUGCUGAGCCCACGGGGGAAGCCCCUGCGGCGGCCCGUCGAGGGCCGCGGACAACGAGCCUGCGUUCUUCACAUGAAGCAGCUGACAGACCACCCUCAAAGAGGCAAAAAUGUGAGAAGAGUCUAGUAAAAUCAGAACUGGAAGGACUUGAGUGUGGAAGUGGAAGCCUCACUGCAUUGGGGGAAACGCUGAAAACACGUGAUGGGGAUGGACAUUCAAAAGAUUCAGGAGAUCGUGAUAUAACUCAGCAGAAAACAGGUGAAGACAUUCCAGAGACUAACAAAGAGAAACAGGAAAAGGAGCAUAAUGUUUCUCUCAAGCCACAUUCAGUGAAAUCAAGCGGUGCUCCAUCAAAAAUGGAUGAUGAUGAAAAUCUGUGUCAUCAUGCCUGCACUGAAGAGGAAAGCAGCUGUAAAAGUGUACUUUCAGAUGGGCCCAGCUUGGAGGAUGCAGAUCUCCCAAAGAAGCCAAUACAACUGGACAAUAGUGCUUUCUUGGAUGAAGACAGCAACCAGCCAAUGCCAGUGGACCGUAUCUUUGGAGAUGUUGGGGUUUUGCAGGAUCUCCCAGCAGUUGCACUCCCAAGCACAAUGAUGAGCAGGCGAGAAUCCAGAAAACUGCAUUUUAUUGCAAAGGAAGAUGAGGAGGAGGAGGAAGAGGAUGUUGCCUAACAACAAAGUGUUAUCAAAUUAAACCUUUUUCUUUGCAACCACGUAAUGAUGGUUGGUUAUGUUCCUGACGUAAGGUGUCUGAGUUUGCUUUUCUGAGAGAGAGGACUGGUAGAGUUUGUUUUUCUGGAAUUGGCAGAGACAGUAUUCUCCCACGGUUAUCUGGGGCAAGGCAAAGACUUAACUGAAUUUUCAGCGAGUUGGAAGUAAAUUGUAAUUUAUUGUUUUACCUCAAAUACUUAGGAAAAGAACAGGGAAAAUAUAAGUUCUUAUUGCUUUUUUAUAUAUAAAUUUGAGACCCUACCUGGGGUGAACACUUGGUCUUGGUCCUUUUUUAAAAACAGCCAAGAAAAACAUGUUAGAACAAGGGCCUUUUUCUUUUAAUUCUGCGAUGUCUGCCAUUGCAGCAUCCAGAUAGUGACACGGCCAGUUGACUGCCCAGUACAAAGGGGGACACUGGCCUCUGUUGUGCAAGUUGUGUUGCAUUGUUUACUUCUAAACCAGAACCAAUUAAAUAUGUAAAAUGCAGUUCUUCCAGCAAAACACAAUGCAUGGAUGUUUGUGUGAGUUCAGUGUUGUUAAUUCGUGGAAGUUGAGUGCAUUUUUAUUGCAUGUCAGUUCUCUGAAGGACCACCACGUAAAGCUGACUGCUCCCUUCUUCCACCAGACCAGGUGUCAGCAUUGCUUUUUAUAAUGGUUGUGUAAUGCAGCCCACCACAGUAUUUUCAAUUGACUUCAAGGGUUAGGAAUAAGAAUUUUGCAAACAAAUGCAUUGGUGGUGAUAAAGGAGGAACGAAAUCCCAUGUCGGACUUGAUGGGUAUAUGAAUGAGUGCUAAGGAUAUGGGUCAGUUCCCCAAACUUGUGAUUUUGACCUGCAUUUUCAGAAAAUAAUGAGCAACUUCAGAUUUCAGGAAGUGUUAACUCACCCAGUGUUUAUAAUACUUCUUUGAAAGUGUGAUUAUGCCAUAAGCUUCCAGAUCUUUAUUGUUACAGUUUCUUCUACAUUUCUAAAAAUAUAAAGAUGUUAUCAGCAGAUGGUUUAAAUAAAUAUUAAUUUCUACA